UUGUUCUCGAAAACCGCGAUCGUUUAGCACAAGUUUGGCCUUUAGUCCGUGAUCAUCUACAAUGGCUACUUAGUCCUGAUUUUGCCCAAAACAAACAAAUAACUGAAAGAUCAAUUAUUGCAUUAAUUCGAAUUGCUAAUAGAAAUCUUUUCCGUCUUGGUCAUCCACAACAAAAUGUAAAAACUCCGCCACCCCCACAACCAUUACCUUUUGUGCCUCGGACGGCGUUGACUAAAAGUGUGGUUAUUGUUGUGGAAGAUGAACAAACACAACAAGAAAAUGCUUCCUCCCAAACUAUUCAACACAAAACUAAUUGCUGUGCUGACGAUGUUCUUCAAUUUAUGGGACGAAAAAUUCUAGAAUUAAGACCUUCUGAUUUACUUUUAUUCUCACAACAAAUUGGAAAUGGUCUUCAACAAUUGUUAAGAGCAAAUGCAGCAAAUGUACAUAGUGCUGAACACUGGGCAAUGUUUUUCUCUAUUUUGGAAGCUGUCGGGGCUGCUGCUUAUCAAGAUGAUGAUUUUGAUUUGGUGGAUAUUAUCCAUCCAGUAUCUUCUUCUCCUCCAGCUCCUUUAACUUCUCAGCAACCUUUACAACAACCCCCACCUUCAGAAAAAUCCUCAAGCUAUGCAAGCGGCUCUUCUCUAUACAAACGUGGAACACUUGUAUUAGCUCCAAAUUUAUCCCGUCACGAUUCUGCAGCAUUCCUCAAAGUUGUUGAAACACUUGGAUUUUUGGGGAGAGAUGCUGCUCAUAUCACACCUGAAAAUUUUGGAUUAUUUAUUCAUUGUUUAAGAAUGAUGGUAGAAGCUAGUAUGGAUGGGGGAAAAUACACAACACCUAUCCAAUCAUUAACUAUAACUUCCCCCACUUCUCCAAAUAAACAAACCGGAAAUUCCUCUUCAAAUACUUCAAAACAAUUCCAUGUUCCCCAUGAAAAUUCUCAAAAACAACGCAAAACAAAUGAGGAUGCUAGUGGGGGUUUAACUGAAUCAGAAGAGAAAAUGAGUGAUCAAGAAAAAUUAGCUAAUUGUUAUGUUGAUGCUUCUUUGCAAUUAUUAAACAUCUGUGCACAACUCCAAGCUAGAGCAGCAAACAUUUACAAAGACUGGUCUGAAACAAAUGAAAGUGUAAAAAUUGAUGAAACAGCUACAAAAACGACAGAAUUGUGGUCAAAAUAUUGGAGGCCAUUAAUGCAAGCAAUUGCCAGAAUGGCUUGUGAUUGUAGACGAUUAAUAAGGAAACAGGCAUUGGAGGCUCUAGGGACUGCAUUUCGAGUACCUGCAUUGGGUGAACUUAUGAUCCCUGCCGAUUGGGAAGAUUGCUUUGCUGAAGUUCUCUUCCCUUUGUUGAGUCGAUUACUUACUGGCCCACCGAUUUCCCCUAUGGAUCCAAUUGGAAUGGAAGAGGCAAGAAUUCGAGCGAUUCAACUUGCUUGUAAAGUACUUUUGGGGAAUCUUACAAAAAUUACGAGUUUAAAAUCCUUCCCCGAUUUGUUCCUACGCCUUUUUGAUUUAAUGGACCAAUUUUUGGAAGAAAAUGCUUGCAGCGAUUUGCUAGCGGAAGUUAUACAAGAAUCACUGAAAAAUUGUCUUCUAGUUUGCGAAAAUUUUGGAGUUUUUCAAGAUCCAAUUGAAGGAUUAAAAGCAGAAAUAAGUGGGAGAUUGGAAGCGUUAACUGUUAAACAUUCAAACUCUGCUAGUUCAAAAGGUGUAUAA